GAGCCACGGUGUGACGGAAGCACGCUGUGACGGAAUCACGCUGUGUGAAUGCCAAUACGCGCAGGGAGACGUCGCAUACCCACGUAAUGGGUCGCCAGGCACCGGAAGUGAAGCCAAUCUGUUCCGGAAAUGUUGGCUUGAGAAGGAGUCGUACACAAACAGCAACUGGUGCCCCAGGUCCUGGGGUCUGAGCGCAGUUCCGAAACGUCCAGUCCCAGAUACCCGCCCAACCGGAGGAAGGCCCCUCCCUCCCACAAGGAGCCAAUGGGAAUGUGGGAGGAAGCGAGUGACCCAGUGAUGGGGAAGAAGGAUAAAAAUGAGGAGCGGAAGGAGAGAAUCCUGAAUCUCACACUGGAGAUUAUCUAUCUGCUGACUGGAGAGGGCUACGUCAUCCCUAAGAAGAAGAGCCCAACUGUGGGUUUGGGGGCCCUGCAUGCCCCUGGCUCCGUCAUACAGAAGGAAAAUGACAAGAAGAUCCUGGAACUCAUCUCCAACAUCAUCCAGCUGCUGACUGGAGAGGUUGCCAUAAGGUGUGAGGAUGUUUCCAUCUAUUUCUCCUUGCAGGAGUGGGAAGAUAUAAAAGGAAACCAAGCACUGUUCAUGGAAGGAAUAAAGGAGGAGGAGCUGCAGAAGCUCCACCCACUGGACGGUGAAUAUGAAGAUAAGAGAGAGAUUCCAGCUGAUCUGGGAGGAACAUUAUGUUAUAAUAAUGAGCCAAGCAAGAUUGGGGCUGAAGGGGCAGAUUUUUGUGCCGACGGAAAUCUCACAAACCCUGAAAUUUCUCCAGUGGAACAGCCCCCACCGGCCAAUGGAAUUAAAGAGGAGGCGGCUUCAUGUGAAGGGGGCAACCAAUCAGAUUGCAGCAUUAAUCCCCUUACAGAACAGAUACAGAGAACAAAGUCACAUGCUCGGCUCUUGCGCUGCAAACUAAAUAACUACUUGUCAGUGAAAUCAGACGCUAUUAAAGCAGAAGAGACGUCGGGUAAAGAAGAAACUCCCCCUGAUUAUAAGAUUAUUACCGUAACAGAACCAGAACAGGAAACCGAUCCGUCCCCUCCUCCCAUGUCAUUCGGCCAUAAUCACAGAUCAUUAGAUAAUUACGCGUCCAAGGCUAUUAAAGAGGAGCCGCUUACGUGCGACGGGGGAAACUAUUCUGAUUACAACAUCAUCACCGUAACGGACGAGAUGGUGGGAACGGACCCUUCCAAUCCCGUUGUAGGAAGCAGCUUCAAUUGCUUUUCAAAAACGACCUGUAGCAGCAAAACCAGAGGCUCCGAUAAAUCCGUCCGUACGUUGGAGCAAAGGACGCAGACGGCGAUAUAUAAUCACGCCGACGGCCAAUCGGGGUUCGGCAGCAGCCGAGGGCCAACCGUGCAUCAGAAAACGCAGACGGGGGAGAAACCAUUUACCUGCUCCGAAUGCGGGAAGUGCUUUACCCGCCGCUGGUACCUGAAGGACCAUCAGAAAAUCCACACGGGGGAGAAGUCGUUUUCCUGCCCCGAGUGCGGGAAAUGUUUUGCUCGUCGCUGGUACCUGAAAGUCCAUCUGCAGAGCCACACGGGGGAGAAGUCGUUCCCUUGCGCCGAGUGCGGCAAAAGCUUCUCGCGCCGCUGGUACCUGACGGUGCAUCAGAAAAGCCACACGGGGGAGAAGCAGUUUUCCUGCACCGAGUGCGGCAAACACUUCACUUGCACCUCCAACCUCAAGGUGCAUCAGAAGGUCCAUAUGGGCGGGAAGUCCUUCUCCUGCUCCGAGUGCGGAAAGUUUUUCGCCAACCGUUCCGACCUGUACGAACAUCAGAGGAGCCACACGGGGGAGAAGCCCUUCUCUUGCCCCGACUGCGGCAAAUGCUUCGCCGAGUGCUCCGAGCUCAUUGAACACUAUCAGACUCACAGCGGCGACAAACCCUUCGCUUGUUCCGAGUGCGGAAAGUGUUUCUCCCGUCGCUCCCAUCUCAAUAUACAUCUCCGAGUUCACUGAGGGGCAAUUACACUCAGCCGGAGCUUUCCUUUCCUCCAGAGAAUAUCGAACGUUUUCUAGAUGAAAUUUGUAGUCUAUAAAAUUGCUGUUACAUCGUUUAAUGACUAUACAAAAACUAUAUAAUUCAACAUAUCAUGUGAAACAUGUACCAGCGCAUUAUACUCCUCUAAAUAUAGAAGGAUUGUGCUUAAAAAA